GAGUCACCACUCUGCGUUGGUUGAUCAGAAGCGACGAAACGCACCGAAACUGGCAUCUGCGCCGGAGGAGACGCAAAGGAACCGCGCAUCCCGCGUCCCCGUCCGCCUCGUCCACUCUGCCCCCUCGCAGGACAGGAUGAACGGACUUUGCAGGACUGGACACUUUGGACAACGCGGACAGCAGCGCGCGGCGGAGGACGGGAUUUAGUGGAGAGAAGUUGGCGAAGACACUCGCCUUCAAGUCGUGAGGGGGGGAUUUGUGACUCUUUUUUUCCGCUGUCGCUAAACUGCUCCAAGCGCUGGAACGUGAGGAUUUAAAAGUAGUUUUGUGGGUUUUUGUGAAGUUUACCGGAGAUUAGAGGCUAUUUCACCAAAGGAAAGCUUGGUGCCAUCUAAAAUCUGAAGGCUGAUCUUUUCUGUCAAAACGGGAUACUGUGGGUCCGUGGUGGGGAGCUGUCGGACAGAUUCUUGCGGCAUCUGCAGCCGCCCUUCUGCUGGACAGUAUGCGAACGGAGGAUGUUGUCUAAGUUGGAGUCGGGCCUCGCUGCUCUGCGUCUGACCUCUUCGCCCAGAGGAAUGACUGCUCUGUGGUGCUCACUCUGGCUUUCUCUCCUGCUUCCUCUCACCGUCGUUCCAGCCGGGCUGCCCACUGCUCAGCCCACAGACCCUGUAUCCAGCGAGACGGCCUUCCUGGAGGACUAUGUUCUGGGCAUUGGGGAAACUCUGGAUAUGUCAUGUGACCCGGAAGAGCAGGAAGACCACACGGAGCCUAUUGUGUGGUUCAAAGACGGCGCUGGACUUGUGCCUUGCAACCGGAUACGGUUGGGCCAGAGGAUGCUCCGCAUUAUCAAUGUGUCGUAUGACGACUCCGGGGUCUACUCGUGCCGGCUCGCCCGGAGCAACACGCUGCUCAGCAACUACACCAUCAGGGUGACAGAUUCUCUGUCGUCUGGUGAUGAUGAAGAUUAUGAUGAAGACCCUGAAGGUGCAGAAGCGCCAUAUUGGACCAAGCCAGAACGAAUGGACAAGAAAUUAUUGGCCGUUCCUGCGGCCAACACCGUCAAAUUCCGCUGCGCUGCGUCUGGAAACCCACCGCCAACCAUACACUGGCUGAAGAAUGGCAAAGAGUUCAAGGGAGAGCAGAGAAUGGGAGGCAUCAAGCUGAGACACCAGCAGUGGAGUCUGGUGAUGGAGAGCGCCGUGCCGUCAGACCGGGGAAACUACACCUGCGUUGUGCAAAACAAAUACGGCUCCAUCAGCCACACCUACCAGCUCGACGUGCUCGAGCGUUCACCUCACAGGCCCAUCCUCCAGGCUGGUCUGCCAGCCAAUCAGACGGUGGAGGUGGGCAGCAAUGUGGAGUUUCAUUGUAAGGUUUACAGCGACGCCCAGCCGCACAUCCAGUGGCUCAAACACAUUGAGGUGAACGGCAGUCGCCUUGGCCCCGACGGUGUUCCCUACGUCAACGUGCUGAAGACGGCUGGCAUUAACACUACAGAUAAGGAGCUAGAGGUUCUCUUCUUGACCAAUGUGUCUUUUGAGGAUGCGGGCGAGUACACUUGUCUCGCAGGGAACUCUAUCGGCUAUUCUCACCACUCUGCUUGGCUGACGGUGCUUCCAGCAGUGAGUCCACAAAAGGAAGACUACUACGCCGACAUCCUUAUCUACGUGACAGGCUGCGUGCUCUUCAUCCUCGCCGUGGUCAUCGCAAUCCUCUGUCGUAUGAGGAUGACCACGCAGAAGACUCUGCCCACGCCUCCCGUGCAAAAACUGUCAAAGUUCCCCCUCAAGAGACAGCAGGUGUCCUUGGAUUCCAACUCUUCCAUGAACUCAAACACGCCGCUGGUCAGGAUCGCCCGUCUGUCGUCCAGCGACGGCCCGAUGCUCGCCAACGUCUCGGAGCUGGAGCUGCCGUCCGACCCCAAAUGGGAGUUUCCUCGGACACGGCUAACUCUGGGUAAACCUCUGGGAGAGGGCUGCUUCGGUCAGGUGGUUAUGGCUGAGGCUGUUGGCAUCGACAAAGAGAAGCCCAACAAGUCGCUCACUGUUGCUGUGAAAAUGUUGAAAGAUGACGCCACAGAUAAAGAUUUAUCAGACCUGGUGUCAGAAAUGGAGAUGAUGAAGAUGAUUGGGAAACACAAAAACAUCAUCAACCUACUCGGAGCCUGCACACAGGAUGGUCCUCUGUAUGUCCUGGUGGAAUACGCCUCCAAAGGCAACCUGAGGGAGUACCUGCGUGCACGGCGGCCACCGGGCAUGGAUUACUCCUUCGACACGUGCAAAAUCCCCGAUGAGCAGCUCACGUUCAAAGACCUGGUGUCCUGUGCCUACCAGGUUGCCCGAGGCAUGGAGUAUCUUGCUUCACAGAAGUGCAUCCACAGAGACCUGGCUGCCAGAAACGUCCUUGUGACGGAGGACAACGUUAUGAAGAUCGCCGACUUCGGUCUCGCCAGAGACGUGCACAAUAUAGACUACUACAAAAAGACCACGAAUGGUCGUCUCCCCGUGAAAUGGAUGGCUCCAGAGGCUCUCUUCGACCGGGUCUACACGCACCAGAGCGAUGUUUGGUCUUACGGGGUACUGCUGUGGGAGAUCUUCACCUUGGGAGGCUCGCCGUACCCAGGGAUCCCAGUGGAAGAACUCUUUAAACUGCUGAAGGAAGGACAUCGAAUGGACAAGCCUGCCAACUGCACCCAUGAACUGUACAUGAUCAUGAGGGAGUGUUGGCACGCUGUGCCAUCGCAGAGGCCGACCUUCCGACAGCUGGUAGAAGAUCACGACCGGAUUUUAUCAAUGACCUCCACAGACGAGUACCUGGACCUGUCGGUGCCCUUCGAGCAGUACUCGCCCACCUGUCAGGACUCCAACAGCACCUGCUCCUCAGGGGACGACUCCGUGUUCGCCCACGACCCGCUGCCUGACGAGCCCUGUCUUCCCAAACAGCUUCCCAGUAACGGGGUGAUUAGGACAUAAAACCUGUGAGGAGGAGGUCGGACAUUAACCUCUUCUCACAGUUUGUGACAGAAAUAUCACCGCUCACUGACUCAAGCACCUCAAGAUACGGAGAGGGACAAAAAAGAAAAAAAAGAAAACUCAGCAUGCAAUACUUCCACAGUGCUUCAGCUCUUUUCGAUUUGUCUUAAACUCUCGGACAAAGCUCUGUUUCGUGUUUUCUUUUCCUCCUCAUCCCCAAGAACUCUCUUUAAACAUUGAAGGAUUUUUUUUUUCUUGCCGUUGAACCAUGUUUGUGUUCUUCUUUUCAGAAAUGAAAUUAUAUUUUUGUACUCGGGCCAGUCUUUUGUUACAGACAAUCUGUGGGGUGAAACCAUUCCGUGCCUACUGGGAUUAAACCUCCUGAGACUGGAUUUAGGAGGAGGAAAUGAAGGGCAUUGAUGAGUGACUUGUUGGCGAUCCAGUGGGUGGGGGUCCUCCGAUUUUCGGUUUGUUUGUUUUUACUACACGGAGCCCUUUUAUCGCAAUAAAGCGAUCUGAAAGAAAAUUGAUGAACGAGAUAACAGCAAAGCCAGCGUGAGCUCAAUGACGGGAUUUGUUCUUCCGCAGAGUUACUAGAAGACGUUCAGCAACAGAGAGGAUCACGUGAGCGUUUCCUCGUGAAUGUGUACGCCAUCAUCCGCAUUUUAGCUUCCUGGGAAAAAGAAAAAGUGAUAAUCAUGGAACAAAUUUUCCUCAUCAAAGAUGAGGCAAAGCUUCAGGGCCAUUCAGUAAUAAGAACAGUGAGGUUACGAGGGUUUUUUUUUAAAAAUGUAUCUACAAAGUGAUUUAUUGUAAAUAUAUAAAUGCAAAUAUGUAUCAUAAUGCUGUCCACAGCCGUGUACUUAAAAGACAAAAAAUGACAUUUUUUUUAAGAUAUUGUUUUAGGAUUGGAAACUUUGCAAUCUAGGAGACACUGUCAUGAACGUGUAAAACACUUAAUCAGAAAAGGUUUAUUUGAGUAAUUAACGUGUAUAUUUGUAAAGAUAUUUAUAGACUUAACAUGUGGUUCUUAAGUUCGAAAGGUCUAGUUUAGGAUUUUUAGUACUGUACGCAAAGAUUUCUAUUUCAGUGGGUUUUUUCCUUUUGUUUUUGUAACUUAUUUUACAACCAAACUGCGAUGUUAUUUUCACAACUGGCAGACUCCUCUGGUUUCUGAUCCAUCUUUUUAUUGGUUUGUUUACAGUUUAGAAUGUAUGACACGAAGAUGAUUUGUUUUGUUUUGAGAGCGAGAGAGUGCGAUUUGACUGCCGGAGGAGGACUCACGAAGGCUGAAGGCUCCUGCUGAGGAGAGCCGGAUGUUUCCAAUGAGUUCUGAGUUCUGGUUUAGAAAAGUUAGCGUUUGCCGUAUCGAAGCGACGAUUAACUCUUGCUGGGCAAGAAAAAGCAGGAGAUGCGUACCGGGGAGACCUUCUAGUACUUAAACACAUAUUGAACAUCAACAACAAUGACUAGCUGUGAAUCAUAAGAAGCCUUCAGACGCUUUGUAAGGGGAAAAAAAAUCCUCCUGUUUGAAUUGUUUUACUUAUUAAUGUGUUUGCUUCUAUUAUUUCAGUUCAACUUAUGUAAUCACCAAAUCUCAGCAGUCUUCUCGAGGUGCUUUAUAUUGUAAGGUGAAGAAACUACAAUAAUACAGAGAAAAACCCAACAAUCAGAGCGAGCACUUGGCGACAGCGGGAAGGACAAACUCCCUUUUAACAGGAAGACUUCUGCUAGAUCCAGGCUGAGGGAGGGGCAGCCAUCUGGAUCAAUUGUUCUUCCACGUUUUGGCAUUAUAGUCAUUUUUUACAUCUGACCACAAAUGCUGGUGUCAGAAUAACGUCUCACCUGCAAACAUGAAGGUGUUAGCCUGCAUUGACAGUUUUCUGUAGAGGGUUAGGGUUAAGAUUAGCAGCUACGACGAGGGUUAGAAAUGGGCUUCUUCAUGUGUAAUUGUUAAACGUCACUUGUUUCGUUGUCUAAAACGACCAAAAAGAGGAAUUCAAGUUGCAUCACCUGUAGCUGGUGUUGUUUGAAAAGAUUUAACGUAAUUAUAGGGGGAUUUUUUUUUUUUUUAAACAUGCUUCUGAAGGCUUCAAUUGCUUAACUCGUAAAGGUCACAGGGUCGGCGCUAACAAGCUGCGUUCAGUCUCAAAACUCUGAGCGCCUGUGUACACUUUCACGGAUGAAAAGAUCAGCUUGAAGGCAGAAAUGUAAAGCUGUUACGUCCUUUUGUGCUUGAGUGUGAGGAAACAGAACACUCUGCCCAAACGCUUGAGAUUUUAUCGCUGCUCUGUAGUAUUAAUACUGAAAUGAAGGCAUGCUGUGCGACUUACAGAUCACACGGCAACAAAAGAAACUAUAUAUACAGUAUAUAUAUAUAUAUAUAUAUAAAUAUAUAAAUAUUGGUUUGUUGAAUGAGACUCUAAAGUCUGUGGUGGGUCCUUCUUCAAUUUCCAUUUGUUGAGAAAAGUGCCAAAUUAGUCUUAAAAGUCUAUUUUAUCAAAUUCUUCAGAUCUCUGAACCAAAUACUGCACUGGUGAAUGUAGGCGGGCAGAGGUUUACACGUGCAGGGAAGGAUCAUGGGAUUUCCAAGAUGGAUGGAUCCAUCUUUUUAUUUUGUUUUAGUUUUUCUUUCUUUUUUUUAAUGCAGUCAUCUGUCUAGCUGACUCCUCCCUCCCCCAAAAAAGCAAAAGCGUUGAAAUGUUUACAGAAUCUGUUUUCAGAGAGGUCACAAAAGGGAAAGCGACGUUCGAGUGGCAUUGAAGGGUUCACUAACACAUUUUACUCGCUGCUAAAUGGAAAAGGUGCAGACACGCCGCUCUGCAAAGGCCUCGCUUCAGUGUGUGAGACGACUUUAGACACGUGGUCAUCCCUCACCUCACCUGAAGUACUUUAAAGUGUGAAAAUUCAUAUUUGAAUUGAUUGCUUCACUGGUAGAGCACUGAAACAAGGCCUUUGCAUAGUGAGCAGCCACACAAAGUCGUAGUUAUUUCUGUUUUCAGAACAGUUUUUGGCCCAAAUCUGUAAAGUGCCUGGAAAUAAUUUAGGACAUUGGUUCAUUUUGAUCACAUUUUGAAUGUAUAAUUACCAAAAUAAAGUUCUCACUAGAAGCGCG